GCCGGAGUCUGCCGCUCCCCGCGCUCGUAGCGCGGGCCUGGGGACUGGGGAUCCCGCCGCCGGGCCGCAGCAUGGGGCGCUUCCGCGGGGGCCUGCGGUGCAUCAAGUACCUGCUGCUUGGCUUCAACCUGCUCUUCUGGCUGGCUGGAUCGGCCGUCAUUGCUUUUGGACUAUGGUUUCGGUUCGGAGGUGCCAUAAAGGAGUUAUCAUCAGAGGACAAGUCCCCAGAGUAUUUCUAUGUGGGGCUGUAUGUUCUGGUUGGAGCCGGGGCCCUGAUGAUGGCCGUGGGGUUCUUCGGGUGCUGCGGAGCCAUGCGGGAGUCGCAAUGUGUGCUUGGAUCAUUUUUUACCUGCCUCCUGGUGAUAUUUGCUGCUGAAGUAACCACAGGAGUAUUUGCUUUUAUAGGCAAGGGGGUAGCUAUCCGACAUGUUCAGACCAUGUAUGAAGAGGCUUACAAUGAUUACCUUAAAGACAGGGGAAAAGGCAAUGGGACACUCAUCACCUUCCACUCAACAUUUCAGUGCUGUGGAAAAGAAAGCUCCGAACAGGUCCAACCUACAUGCCCAAAGGAGCUUCUAGGACACAAGAAUUGCAUCGAUGAAAUUGAGACCGUAAUCAGUGUUAAGCUCCAGCUCAUUGGAAUUGUCGGUAUUGGAAUUGCAGGUCUGACGAUCUUUGGCAUGAUAUUCAGCAUGGUCCUCUGCUGUGCGAUACGAAACUCACGAGAUGUGAUAUGAAGCUACUUCUACAUGAAAAUCGCAAUCGGAAGCUUUCAUACCAAAUGUCACAGGAGCUGUCUCCCAGCUCAUUUUUAAUACUGAAAUGACAUUAGGAUCUAAAAUAAUUUGCUGUCAAUUGUACAUUUGCAUGAGUACAUAUGUUUGGCUCAUUACUGGUUUACCCCUUGAGUGAAUGCCUGUUUAUGAUGACUGAGAGCAUAUUCAUGUGUGAUCUGCGUGUUUCUGGAAUAUGCUUUAUAUGUAAUGAAAUCUGUUUGCUGGGAAUUCCUGAUUGUUGUUAUAUAAGAGGAACAACCUAUUUCGCUCCCAGAAAAAAAAGAUCAAAGAGCUUUCAGAAACUCUGAGAACUUGGCUAUUUAGAAAAAGUGAUAAUGGGUCAGUUUCUCAGACUGUAGCCAUUGAAAAUUAGAUGCAGAGAAUUCAGAGAUUUCUUCUUAAUGGAAGCAAUAAGCUGUAAGAAUUGAGAGAUCACAGUGGAGUGUUAAAACUGACUGUGUCUAAGUUGGGUGUAAGGGUUUCCUGGGUUUUUUUAUAUACAUGCUCUCCCCAGAAUACAGUAAACCACAGUUUUAGAACUAAACACAUCUGUAAAACUAAAUAUAGCAUGGAAAAUCUAAUUUGAAUAAGUCAUGCUUUCCUAGAAUUUAAAAAUAAAAAAGUCUUCCUCUGGAAAGAGAAGUCACACAGACAAUCAUGUGCCCUAUAAAAGUGAGUGUUUAUAGGACUAAAAAACUUUUAAUAAUUUUUUAAGGAAAUAUUUUUGUUCUUAUACAAAAACAUGUAAAUAUUGCUUUAUUACUUUCAUUUUCUGACCCUGCUGUAAACUACUGCAACCCUCACAUCCUCAAAGGGACUUUUAUGUCAAACUCUUCUGUUUCUCCAAAUAUAAGGAAAAAAGACUAAAGCAAGAGAUCUGGCAGUUGAAAAUUGUGGGAAAGAGAAUUUUUACAGGCACUGUAUCUAUGAAAUACCUCAUAACUUACGUUUACAUGUUUUCCUAACUUUUUGUAUUUUUCUUGUAUAGCCACCUAGAGAAUUCUUCAUAGAUUAAGAACUACAGUUUUCACCACUUAACAUAAGUAAAACAAAGUCCUUCAUAAUUUAGCCAUUAGCAUCUUUGGCCAAACCAAAAUAAAGAAAAGCAUCUUCUCCUAGUUGUGUGUGGGCAACAGAAACAAGUUAAGGAAACAAAAAUACUUAUAUAUACACAGAACAAAAAUAAUGUUCUUUUUAUGCAAAUCCCCUGUGAAAAUAAAAUUUUCAAUGUUUUUUUGGUCUUAAUGCUUCAUUUUAACUUAGUAAACCCAAAUUUAGGAUUUACAUUGGCAAAUUUUUCAGUGGUUUUUAACGUGUUACAUUUAGUAAACCAUAGAUUUUUUAAAAACUACAUUUUGUAAGGCCACACAUAAGUGAAAAUACGGAAGGCUUUGGAAACCCCCAGAUGAACUUCUAUACAUGUGAAAACACAAGUCUUUGAGUGUGCACUAAAAGUGUCACACUCCCAAAAAACUCACAAAACAUUUUGCUAAAAAGAUAUAACUGCUUGAAAUAGUCUCUCUCCCAUGGAGAACCACAUUUCUCUUUCUGCCAUACUUGCUACUGCUACUGAUUUUGGAGGAAAUUUUUCUAGAAGAACAAAGGUCAUAUUUGAGGCAAGCUAAAAACAAUUAUACAUGGCUACUUUACUGUGUCUAUAGCUAAAGAAAAAUUAUUUUACAAAAAUUACUUCAUGAAAUAUAGUUUGUACCCCAGUAGUUGAGAAAUGUGACCUUUUAGGCAAAGAACAGGCAGUCCAUCUCUCUUAGCUUUAGUUUAUCUCUCUGCCUGAAGACAGGAAACAGGCCCAAGUGCAUACUCGGGUUCUUUCCAACUCAGAAUCAUCUCUGAUUCCACAAAAGUGAGUUUAGUUUCCUAUCUGAAUUAACAAGUUUAAAGGAGACUACAAUAGUUAAAAGUGGAAGAAUAGAAAUAAAUAAAUUUAAAAUGAAAUUAAUUAAAGUAGAAGAGAAGGGUUCUGUUCCAUGUACGAUUAAUGUGCCCCUUUUGGGGAUAAGCUUUCCAAAAUAUGCGUAUGAGUAAAAUUAGAGAAUUCCACCACUAAGCAACAAUAGAUUUUAUAUGUGUGUGUGGAUAUAUAUACACACACACACAGAAAGAUGAAUAUAUAUAUAUAUAGCUGUAUAAAUAGACACACAUAAUAUAUAUAGAUAUAUAAUCCCUAUAUAUCUUGAAUCUACAAAUAUCUUUAUAUGUAUAUAAUUUGAAUAUAUACAUGUAUGUAUAUACAGAUGUGUGUGUGUGUAUAUAUAUACACACACAUAUACAUAAGUUUUCAGUUAUUUCUGUUCCCCUGAACUAAUUUGAGAUUAGACCCAAACAUGCUUUUAAAUGUCUCAUGCCAAGGCACUGAAUUAAGACUUCUUAAUGUUGAAAUAUUUUAAGUGAUUUCAUAUUAAAUUUUCUAUAUACUGAAAUUGCUUGUUUGAUUUAUCUUAAAGUCCUAUUAUAUCUUUCUACAAACCUUCACGCAACUUAUCUAAAUGUCAAACUACCAAUCAAAUAAUGUGAUUUAAAAAAAACAGAGUGGUAACCCUUCUAUAAUUUACUAUUGGUAGUUGACUUAAAAGCAACACCCUAAGGACUCUUACUGCAUAUACAGUCAUCUCUCAGUAUUCAUAGGAGAAUGGUUCCAGGACCCCCUGUGGAUACCAAAAUCCACAGAUGUCCAAGUCCCUUGUAUAAAAUUGUGUAGUAUUUGCGUGUAGCCUAUGCAUAUCCUCUCAUAUACUUUAUUUUUUUAAUUUUUAUUUUUUUAUUGUUACAUAAUAGUUGUACAUACUUAUGGGAUAUGUGGGAUAUUUUGAUAUUAGCAUACAAUGUGUAAUAACCACAUCAGGGUGAUUGGGAUAUCUAUUACCUGAAACAUUUAUCAUUUCUUUGUAUUGGGAACAUUCCAGAUCUUCUAGGCCUUUUAAAAUAUAUAAUAAAUUGUUGUUAACUAUAGUCACCUUAUUGUGCUACCAAAUAUUAGAACUUAUUCAUUUCAUCUAACUGUAUUUUUGUAGCCAGUAAUCAAUCCUUCUUCAUCCCUCCCUGCCUGCUACCCUUUCCAGCCUCUGGUAACCACCAUUGUAUUUACUACCUCUAUGAGAUCAAUUUUUAUAGCUCCCACAUAUGACUGAGAACAUGAUUUAUCUUGAUGAUAUUUGUCUUUCUGUGCCUGGCUUAUAUCACUUAAUAUCCUCCAAUUCUAUCCAUGUUGCUGCAAUUGACAGGAUUUUAUUCAUUAUUCAGCCAUUGUCAUGGCUGAAUAAUAUUUCAUCGUGUGUAUAUAGCACAUUUUCUUUAUCCAUCUGUUGAUGGACUCUUGGGUUAAUUCUGUAUCUUGGCUAUUGUGAAUAGUGCUGCAAUAAAUAUGAACAUGCGGACAUCUCUUUGAUAUACUGAUUUUCUUUCUUUUGGAUAUAUACCCAGCAGUA